GAAGCAGCUCGACUGCAUGUGGGGUAAUAAAGAGCCAGCAGCCAAUCAGAUGUCCAGCAUACGAUGAUAGGCGGAGCUACGCGGUAAAGCCGUGCGCUGCUGCUGUUGCUGAGUGCUGGGGCAGUGGAAGUGUGCGGUGGGACAUACCGUGCGGGGGGCUGUCAUCGAGUGUGUGGUUUCGGUUGUGUGCCCGGCUCCCCCCAUGUGUAGCUGAAUACUCUGAAGCAAAGAGAAUGCAGCCGGUGCCAAAGGGAAGUAAAGCGAACCCCUCGCAGCAUGCCAACUUUUGCUCCAAGAUCUUCUUCUGGUGGCUUAAUCCAUUAUUUAUUCUUGGCCACAAGCGAAAGCUUGAAGAAGAUGAUAUGUAUGAAGUGCUUCCAGAAGAUGCCUCGAGGAAACUUGGGGAAGAGCUGCAAUGGUACUGGGAAAAAGAAUUACAAAAAGCUCAGAACGAAGGAAGAAAGCCUCGUUUAACCAAAGCCAUCAUUCGUUGUCACUGGAAAACAUUUUCUGUUUUAGGGCUUUUCACAUUUUUUGAGGAGUCAAUAAGAGUGGUCCAGCCAAUAUUUCUUGGAAAUGUCAUUAGUUACUUUGAGAGAUAUGAUGCCAAUGACUCAGCUGUCUUGGCAAACGCAUACAUAAAUGCUGCAGCCUUGUCUGCCUGUACCCUAAUUUUAGCAGUGGUUCAUCACAUAUACUUCUAUCAUCUGCUUCGGGCUGGCAUGAAACUUCGCGUAGCCAUGUGUCACAUGAUUUAUAGAAAGGCACUUCGUCUUAGCAAUACAGCAAUGGGAAAAACAACUACAGGACAAAUUGUGAAUCUCUUGUCAAAUGAUGUGAAUAAGUUUGACCAGGUUACAAUUUUCUUGCAUUUUUUAUGGGCUGGCCCACUGCAGGCCAUAGCGGUGACAGUGCUACUUUGGAUGGAAAUUGGCCCAUCUUGCCUUGCAGGGAUGGCAGUCCUUAUCAUACUGAUGCCUUUGCAACUCUGCCUAGGAAAAUUCUUUACUUCAUUAAGGGGGAAGACUGCAGCUUUCACAGACACCAGAAUUCGAACCAUGAAUGAAGUAAUAUCUGGGAUGAGAAUAAUUAAGAUGUAUGCAUGGGAGCAAUCGUUUACAGAGCUGGUUAAUAAUAUACGAAAGAAGGAGAUAAACAAAGUCCUUCGAAGCUCUUACCUUCGCGCCCUGAACUUGGCAUCAUUCUUUGUUGCAAGCAAAAUCAUAUUGUUUGUGACAUUCACCACAUAUGUUCUGCUUGGCAAUGUUAUCUCUGCAAGUCGAGUAUUUGUUGCAGUGUCCCUUUAUAGUGCAGUGAGACUCACUGUCACUCUCUUCUUCCCCUCAGCUGUUGAGAGGGCAUCGGAGGCAAAGGUCAGCAUAAGGAGGAUAAAGAAUUUUUUAUUGCUGGAUGAAAUCUUCAAACCAGCCUUAGAACUGCCAGAGGAAAAUGAAGAAAACCUUUUAGUUCAAAUUCAAGAUGUUACAUGCUACUGGGACAAGACAUUGGAAAUUCCGACACUUCAAAAUAUCUCAUGUAGUGUAAGGCCAGGGGAAUUAUUGGCUGUGAUCGGACCAGUUGGAGCAGGGAAAUCUUCCCUGCUGAGUGCUGUGCUUGGAGAACUGCCAAAAGAUAAAGGCUUUGUGGAUAUCAGAGGAAGAAUUGCCUAUGUCUCCCAACAGCCGUGGGUGUUUUCUGGUACUGUUAGAAGUAACAUAUUGUUUGGGAAAGAAUAUGUCCAAGAAAAGUAUGAUAAAGUCCUGAGAGUAUGUGCUCUUAAAAAGGACAUGCUGCAGUUAGAUGAUGGGGACCUGACUAUAAUAGGAGACAGAGGUGUUACACUAAGUGGUGGGCAGAAAGCACGUGUAAAUCUUGCAAGGGCUGUGUACCAAGAUGCUGACAUUUAUUUGCUGGAUGAUCCUCUAAGUGCUGUUGAUGCAGAGGUUGGAAGGCAUUUGUUUGAAAAGUGCAUCUGUCAAGCUCUUCGCAAAAAGCUUUGCAUUUUAGUGACUCAUCAGCUCCAGUAUCUCAGUGCUGCUAAACAAAUACUGAUACUAAAAGAGGGCCGAAUGGUUGGAAAGGGAACAUUUCAAGAACUACUACAGUCAGGUAUCGACUUUGCUUCUCUUUUGAAAAGUGAGGAAGAGGAGCAGUCACAGUCUCAAGAAGGUCAACUGAUAAAGUCAUCAAGGAACCGUACAUUUUCUCAGUCAUCUGUUUGGUCCCAGGAUUCUACAGUACAGUCACACAAAGAAGGAGCCACAGACAAUCUUGCUGCCGAACCUGUUCUUACUGCAAUUCCUGAGGAGAGUCGCUCUGAGGGAACUGUGGGAUUCAAAGUGUACAAGAAGUAUUUCACUUCUGGGUCUAGUUACCUGAUGCUUUUUGUAGUUUUACUGCUUAAUAUUUUGUCACAGGUUACCUAUGUUUUGCAAGAUUGGUGGCUUUCUUACUGGGCAAACGAACAGGGGAAACUGAAUAUCACUUCAGGCACAAACAGCACGGGAUCAAAAACAGAGCAACUAGACCUCACCUUGUAUUUGGGAGUGUAUGCAGGUUUGACGGUUGCAACAAUCAUUUUUGGCGUCCUGCGUUGCUUGCUGGUUUUCCAUGUUCUUGUUUGUGCUGCUCAAGCUUUGCACAAUCAAAUGUUCCAAUCCCUUCUCAAAGCUCCAGUCCUGUUUUUUGACAGAAAUCCAAUUGGGAGGAUUCUAAAUCGUUUUUCUAAAGAUAUUGGACACCUGGAUGACUUGAUGCCUUUUACGUUUUUGGACUUUAUGCAGGUGUUACUCCAAAUUCUAGGCGUAAUUGCUGUUGCAGUUGCUGUGAUUCCAUGGAUUCUGAUACCCUUGCUUCCUCUAGUAAUUGUCUUUUACUUUUUGCGGAGAUACUUCUUAGACACGUCAAGAGAUAUUAAACGACUUGAAUCAACUACUCGGAGUCCAGUCUUUUCCCACUUAUCAUCCUCCCUCCAGGGGCUUUGGACAAUUCGUGCUUUCAAAGCUGAGAAACGCUUUCAAGAUUUAUUUGAUGCCCAGCAAGAUCUUCAUUCUGAGGCCUGGUUUUUGUUCCUCACUACAUCUCGUUGGUUAGCUGUACGUCUUGACGCCAUCUGUGCUGUGUUUGUUAUAGCCAUAGCUUUUGGGUCAAUAAUCCUCGCUGAAAAUCUUGAUGCAGGGCAGGUCGGUUUAGCAUUAUCUUAUGGCAUGACAAUCAUGGGGUCCUUCCAGUGGGGAGUGAGACAGAGUGCUGAAGUUGAGAAUCUGAUGAUAUCUGCUGAAAGAGUUAUGGAGUAUACUCAACUUGAAAAAGAAGCAGAAUGGGAGUCUAAGAAUCCCCCUCCUGCAGACUGGCCUAACAAAGGCAUGAUCACAUUCGAAAACGUUAAUUUUUCUUACAGCCUAGAUGGACCAGUUGUAUUAAGGCACUUAAAUGCUUUAAUCAGACCAAAAGAAAAGGUUGGAAUAGUAGGCAGAACUGGAGCAGGAAAGAGUUCACUAAUAGCUGCCCUUUUCCGUCUGGCAGAACCAGAAGGAAAAAUCUGGAUUGAUAAAUAUUUAACAUCCAAACUUGGGCUACAUGACCUCCGGAAAAAAAUGUCAAUUAUACCACAGGAACCAGUUUUAUUCACUGGAACAAUGAGAAAAAACCUUGAUCCCUUUGAUGAGCAUGCAGAUGAGGAAUUGUGGGAUGUUUUAGAAGAGGUGCAACUUAAAGAAGCAGUAGAAGAGUUGCCAGGAAAAAUCGAGACCCAGCUGUCUGAAUCAGGCUCCAAUUUUAGUGUGGGUCAAAGACAACUCGUGUGUCUUGCACGGGCAAUAUUGAGAAGAAACCGAAUAUUGAUUAUUGAUGAAGCUACAGCAAAUGUGGACCCAAGAACAGAUGAACUGAUUCAGAAGACCAUACGGGAAAAAUUUGCUGAAUGUACAGUACUGACAAUUGCGCAUAGGCUCAAUACCAUUAUCGACAGUGAUAAAAUUAUGGUGCUGGAUGCUGGAAGAGUUAAGGAAUAUGAUGAGCCAUAUCUUUUGCUACAAAACAAAGAAAGCCUUUUCUACAAGAUGGUGCAACAAGUAGGAAAGGCUGAAGCAACUGCUUUAAAUGAAGCAGCCAAACAGGUAUACUUGAAAAAAAUCCAUCAAGAAAACACCAAAAACAGCACAAGAGACAACAACGAGCCAUUUAUUAUUUUUGAAACUGCUUUGUGAUUUUUGCCCAUGGGUACAAGAUUUUAGUUAUGGACUCUGUUUAGCACCUAACACAAGGCCCACUUAUCAAGUUUUCUCCAGUUCUCUGCUGACUCUCCACACCAUGUCUCUAUACAAUGUCAGAAUUCUUAUGAAUGCCCUUACUGCAGUGCCAGAUCAGCACUGAGAACUGGCACACAAACUCUGACUUUCAGAGUCUAGUUAGAUUAGUUAUAUUAGUAAAAUGGGUUUGAUAAAAAAGAUAUAGACAUCCACCUCUGAUACAGAAGAGCAAUCGCCAGAACCCGAUUGUCCUGGAGGUGGAACUUUAUAUUUCCAAAAAUGCAGUGUUUUAAAAAAUGCAGUGUUUUCAAUACUGCCCUGAGAGCAUGAGAAGUCAUUAUUUUGUAUGGCAGCUUGGCUUCUGGUGUUUCAUGAAGAGUCAUAUUUACAGGCUGUUCUAUGUCCAAAAAUAGAGUAAUUUAGGCAAAAUAUAUCCAUAUAUAUAUAUAGCCAUAUCAGGGUCAUCUUCCAGGUAUUGCAUUUCUGCAUCCGUUAUAAUUUUCAAAGGUGGUGUCUAUAUCUUUUUAACAAAUACAUUUUACUAAUAUAACAAAUCUAACUAGAAUUCAAAAGUCAUAUUGCUUUCAUUUAGUGGAAUUCACACAAUGGGCCAGAUUCAGUUUGAUAAGAAAAGUUUAUUUCCUAAUUCAAUUCAAGAUUUUCAUAUAGAUCCAGAUGCAGUGAAAAAAAAUAAUAUCAAUGUUUAUCUCUCUGUUGAAGUCUAUGGGAUAAAAAUGGAAUUUAAUUAUGAGAAAAGUUUUUUUCUCCUCAGACUGGGGUGUUGUUUUGGGUACCAAAUCUCCAUAAAUAUUUCGUUAGAUAAAGCUACUGAUACCAAAGUACAGGUAUGGGAUCCCUUAUCCAGAAAUCCGUUAUCCAGAAAGCUCAGAAUUAAGGAAAGCCUGUCUCCU